UUUCGAUUUUUUAGAUAUUUUGGGUUAGAAUUUCGAAGAAUAGCCUUACACAAGUUACUGAGGCAAUAAAGAAUAUGGAUUGUGUUGAAGUAUUUGGAGGUCAGAUACAUCCAUUUAUGGAUUCGGUUGAUGACGAGGAAAUGCAACCAUUUUGGAAAGGGCAAGAGGAUAAUGAAAGUAUGAGAGAAAUUGAAACUGUAGUUGAGAACUCUUCAAUUAAUGAGUGGUCACCACUAGCUACAUCGACACCUAGAGAAUCACCAGUUUCGAUGUACUAUGCGAAUUCAUCACCUGCACUGAUCCGUGAGCCAUAUCUGGCUGACUAUCUCCAGGAAGAUGAAUCAUUCUUCUGA